UCGCGCCUGCGCGGUCGCGGACGCCGGGCUCGGAGUGUACCCGCGGGCGGCUGCGGCUGCGGCUGCGCGACCCCCUUGACGGCCGCCGCGCCUGCGCGACGUGGGACGGCCGCGCCAUGGCGGACGAAGAGCUCGAGGCGCUGAGGAAGCAGAGGCUGGCCGAGCUGCAGGCCAAGCACGGGGAUCCUGGUGAUGCAUCCCAACAGGAAGCAAAGCAAAGGGAAGCAGAAAUGAGAAACAGUAUCUUAGCACAAGUUCUGGAUCAGUCAGCCCGGGCCAGGUUAAGUAACUUAGCGCUUGUAAAGCCUGAAAAAACUAAAGCGGUAGAGAACUACCUUAUACAGAUGGCACGAUACGGACAGCUAAGUGGGAAGGUGUCAGAACAAGGCUUAAUAGAAAUACUUGAGAAAGUCAGCCAGCAGACAGAAAAGAAGACAACAGUUAAAGGAGCUUCUCAGCCUGGCAGCCACAGUUCCUCAGGACUGACACUGCUUCUCUGACUUCUGGACCUACUUGCCACACCACAGACAUUCAGUGCCUUCCAGCCAACAGAGGGCAGAACUGAUGGCGAAGCCUCUGCCCGAGACCAGGAAACCCAAGUACUAAGAUGAAGGGGCUUGUUGGUUCCCUCCCACUCCUUUUCAAGCUUGUUAGCUUUGAAGAGGAGAGAGCGUCGUAAACCCAGGGGACCAUCUCCAGCUGGUUAUUCAGAAGUAUUCUCAGUUCUACACAGUAUUCACGCUCACCAUCUUACCACAGGUUCAUGUCUCAGGAGCGCAUUUACCAGUCCCUUCCUGCUAAGACUGAGAAACACUAGCCUCUUGGGUGGUCAGGUGGCCAGUCAUCUCUGGCACCAGGGGGAUGGCCACGUCGUUGUCUGUGUGCCUGCGGACCAUCCGCCUGUGUCCAGGGGCAGCCUGCCUCUCCGGGAGCCCCUGGUUGCCCUCCUCCGGGAUCUGAGACCUGCUCUGCUCCGACAGAUCAUUCCGCUUUCCCAUGACUCUCUGCUUCUCUAGCUAAGGAAGAGAGAGAACUCAGUUCACACCUGUCCCGUUCCAGACCACCGUAACAGCAGCAGCUUCCCCACAGGGUGUCCGAGCACCCUAACCCCACAGGCGCGGCGACAGCUGGAAUGUGGUAACGGUGCUUGCGGGGCACCGUGUGACACGCAGGGAGUCCUCUGUGUGUCUCUAAUCCCCAUGAUCAUAGGUGCUGUGGCUGCCCCUGCCCUUCCAGCAAAGAAACUGCACGGGAAGGGCAUUUGAUUGUCACACAGCAAGCGGAGAGGGCACUUGACUGGCCCUCUCAGCAAGAUGUCAACGCUGACACGUGUCCUGCCCAGGAGGAGGGAUGUAUGAAAACUAAAAUAUGAAAUCAAACUUGGUCAUGCAAGCUGGGCAUGGCAGCUCACACCUGUAACCCCAGUCCUUGGGAAACUGAGGCAUGAAGGUUACCCUGAGUUUGAGGUCAGCUGACAUUACAGGAUGAAACUGUUUCAAACGGGGGGGUGGGAUGGGGAUUGCUGUAUUUGUCGCACUAAUUAUUGCAGAAAUUCUCUUAAAUGAUCAUUUGUGAGUUUUUUCCAGCAAACCCGUGGCGUGCACACUGUCCCUUCUCUCUCUUCAGCAACUGGGAGAGGCACAUGUUGGAGCUUCACUUUACAGUGGAAUAAUAGAUCAUGUCAGGCCUUAACUGAUUCAGAAGGAAGUUGGGUACAUAAAGAACUAUGUAUGUGUAUGUAUGUGGGGGGGGGAUCAUAACAUGCUACCUACAUACACUGUCCUUAUUUCAAAUAUUGUAAAGCAGUAAAAUUGGGCUACUCUGCUUUCUGUAAA